AUGUCGAAUGUCGAAUAUGAAACUAACUUCACCUCGCUCAUAGUAAGGCGGUUUAUUGUCAGGCUAAUUAACUAAAGUAACUGUGCAAGACUAGAUGCAAGUUGAAGAGCAGGUUUUAACAGACCCCACCCGCCUAACAGAGUGGCCAACACCAUACGCAAGUUGUGCGGGCUACAAUGCCAUUUCUGUCGUUUUUUUCCACAUGAUUGAAAUUGUUUCACCCAACAAUUAAUGAUUAAACUUUUAAUAUCGGUGACGAAAAAAGGUGCAUUACGUCCGUUCUUACAGCUUUCAACUCGGCACUGCUGUAGCAUGUCGUAGCCAUGGAAACCUGUUUAGUUGCUGCAGUGCGUUUGCGUGGUGUAUGUGCGUGUGCGUGGAUUGUGUUGAAAAUACAGGUUCGAGAGAUUUUCAAGACAGGUUUCUCUAGCAAAUGAACGUAUACAAUUACCUAGUCUGUAUUAUUUUUGAAUUGGACUAGGGAUAUUGAUUUUAUAUACUUAUGGUAUUAUCUUGUAGCAUGCCAAAAAACAUAAUGUGCACUCAUUUCAACUCUAAGCUAGCUUUAGCAAGCUAACUUGAACCUUGCUAGCUGCUAGCUAACGUUAGCUGUCGCUUGUUAGCUGUCAAGCAAGGCUUGCCGAUUCAGUUGCACUUGCUUGAAUAUCAACUCUAAUUUGGCUAGUGCUACCAAUAAUCACAGUCAUCUUAAAGGCAAUUUUUCAUCUGCUUAUUUUUGAGACGCAGUGCCAUUGCCAAUGAAGCACUUUAAUGAAAAGGAAAGGUUUCCAUCAAACAGGUCACUGGAAUUAUGAAGUUUUUAAAAAGGAUGUUCUUCAAGAUCACCCGAAGCUAGUGGAAGUUGGAUACACCAUCGCACUUACAGAUAUUAUGGCCACAGGGCUAUAAACUUGGAAAGGAAGUCAUGCAAUUAAGUGCAUCUUAACCAUCAAACGACUGUAGGCGACCUGUAUAUUCAUGUUAAUUUGAUGAGGCAUAGCUGUAACUGCCUAAUAUAUUUUUGAUUGAACCAAAAAGCCCUCGAACAAGGAAGAUGGUGCGCCUUUUUGGAUGUGGUUGGAACUGUUCGGGAUCUCAUUGCGACCCAUCUUCUAAUUGCAAGGCAUUGUAACAUAUCAAAGAAGCUUGUCUCGUGGGUGGACCAGCUUUCCCCAAAUCAAAGAAUUCAUCUCACUCAUUCACAGUUUGGAGCCAUGGUCGUAACAGGGCUUUAACACUUUUGACCGCAUUUCCAGUAAGGAGACGAAAAAACAGAUGUUCGUCAGCAAAAUGACUUUAAACCAGUCGAGUCUGUUUGGGCAGGUAGAGGAUCUACAAGACUUGACAUUCAUCGAAAGACCAAUUCGCAGGAGUCUAAAGACAGCAGAAGAGAUUGAAAAGUUGACCGUGGAUGAAGAUUUGAAUGACAUUGAGAGGGCGGUCUUUCUUUUAAGCUCCGGUCAGGAUGUCCAGAGAGCCAGUGUUAUCAUCAAUCUGCCAAACCUGGUUCGCCAGAACCCGGCAGAGACCUUUCGUCGGGUGGUGCCAAAAGUCCGGGAGGUGCUCCACGUGGCCGGGGUGGACAUGCAGUUGGCGGCGGCCGUCUCCUUCCUGACCGUGCUCCAGGACGACAUCGUCCUGAUCCAGACGCACACACACUCCAUCCUGCAGAUUGUCCUGCUCAACCUCGACCACAGAGACGCAGUAGUGAGCAAUGCCUGGCUCGAGACGCUGCUGUCAGCAAUCGACGCUUUACCGAAGGAGACCAUCAGGCAGGAGAUCCUGAGUCCCCUGGUGUCCAAGGCCCAGCUCUCCCAGUCCCUGCAGGCCCGCCUGGCCAGCUGCCGUAUCCUGGGGAAGGUGGCCUGCAAAUUCGAGUCCCCCAUAGUGAAGAAAGACCUCCUGCCGCUGGUGAGGUCGCUAUGCCAAGACGUGGAGUACGAGGUGCGCUCCUGCAUGUGCCGCCAGCUGGAGAACAUCGCCAGGGGCAUCGGGUUGGAGCACACCAAGGCAGCGGUGCUACCCGAGCUGGUGGAGCUAGCUCGCGAUGAGGGCAGCACCGUGCGCCUGGCUGCCUUCGACACCAUCAUCAACCUGCUGGAGAUGUUUGACAGCGACGACAGAACCCGUGUGAUCUUCCCGCUGGUGAAGACCUUCUGUGAAAAGUGCUUCAAAGCCGACGAGGCAGUUCUGGCUUCUCUGUCAUUUCAGUAUGGCAAGCUUUGUCAUGGACUUUCCGCCUCUUUCACAGACGAGCAGCACCUGUGGUUCCUGGAGUUCUACAAGAAGCUGUGCGUUCUGGGCCUGCAGCACGAGAACGGCCACUCGGAGAACCAGGCGUACCCCCUGGAGCUGGAGAGCAAGUACGCGCUGGUGCGCCGCAACUGCGCCUACAACUUCCCCGCCAUGGUGUUGUUCGCGGAGCCAAACCACUUCCUGACGGAGCUGUACCCCACCUUCUCCAGCCUGUGUCACGACCCCGAGAUCAGCGUGCGACGCACGGUGGCAGACGGCUUCCACGAGAUUGUCAAACUGUUGGGGCCCAACGUGCAUUUUAUCCACAAGGAGCUGGUGGUGUUACUGCAGGAUGACUCAUUAGAGGUGUUGGACGCCUUCCUGACCCACGUGCAGGAGACCCUGGAGCUGGCGACGUCAAGAGGAGAGGGCGCAGGACUGGAGAGCAAGCAGGUGAACGUUCCCGACCUGGUGGCGGCGCUGGCGGCGGCGGAGCAGAAGGCAGCGUCGUCCCUGCGCUGGCGCGUCCACGAGAAGCUGCUGCAGCGCUACGCCUGUCUGCCCCGCGUCGUGUCCGGGGACCAGAUCUACUUCCGCUUCCUGCAGAGGAUGUUCGCCAUCGUCACCACCACCAAUGUUCUCCCGGUCCAGAAAGAGGCGGCGAGGACACUCUGUAUGUUCCUGCGCUACAACCGCAAGCAGGAGCAGAGACAAGAGAUCAUCGGCAAAGUGCUACAAGAGCUGGGUCAGGGUCGAAGCUACUGGAACAGACUCCGCUACCUGGACCUCUGUGAGAUCGCCAUCGAGCUCUUCUCCAAAUCCUACUUCUGUAAAAACUUCCUCAUCCAAGCCCUGGAGCUGGUCAACGACCCUGUGGCCAACGUCAGGUAUAAACUGUGCCACAUGCUGCCCCGGCUGCGCUCCACCAUCCGGCUGCCCGCAGACAAGCACCUCCUGCAGCAGCUGGAGUUCUGCGUCCGCAAGCUCCUCUGUCGGGAGAAGGACAAGGAUGUGGUGGCCACCGUCCGCAAGACAGUGUUGGAAUUGGACAAAAUGGACAUCACAGAACCAUACCACAAGAGGCACGAGAGAGACCUGUUAGACCAGAAGAAGGAAAAGGAGGAGGCUCUGCUUGUUGAGAUGGAACAACUGGAGCGGCAACAGGGCGAAGCCAAGCUCACCAACGAGAAACACAACGAGAAAAAACGCAGGGACAGUAAGACAGGGCUGGCGGGGACCAAGGGCAUGUCAGGUUCUACAUCUGGGGCUGCUCUGUCCACCUCUGCUGGCAAGGAGAUGAGGAAGGCCAAGCUGGCACGGAGUCGCUCUCUAAGCAGCCACCCUACUACCCCCAAGACGGUCAAUUCAGACAAGAGUCUAAAGGUGAAAGAAUCUGGCAGCUGUCCCGGAACAGGGAAGAACUCCAUGCUACCCAUGAACGACGACUCCCUGCGCGGCCACCACUUCAGCGUGGCCUCCUCGUCCCUGUCCCCCACCCCGUCCUCCUCCUCCAUGCCCGUCCUCAUCCGCAGCAACGUCCCCAGCAGCCUGGACCACCGGAGCAGCAACACCCUGGACCUCCGGAGCAGCAACACCCUAGACCACCGCAGCGGCUCUCUGGACCACCGCAGCAACACGCUGGACCACAGGAGCAACGGGAGCAAGGACACCCAGUCCAGGAAGCUCUCACUGUGGGUUGUCACUCGCCGGCCAUAUGCCAGUUGCACCUCCGGCACAUCCAGAUACGGAAAGAUUGGAUAGGUGUUGAGAAUGUGCCGGAAGCUCCGGCUAAACGUUGGCUAUUUUUGUUAGAGCUAUCCUUUUUAGAUCUGUUGUAAGAAAAUCAAAACUAGAAUUGAAUGUUUAAGCAUGGAAGGGGGCUGGAAAGUUCCAUCAUAGCUGAUCAAGGUCAAGCACCUAUGAGUGAGCCAAUCUUUUCAGAUCUGCCUGAGGUGUCUCAGAUUUGAUGCCAGUUUGGUAUUCUUACACCGGUCACUUAACAUCCCCUCACUGAUCGGAAUAAACAAGCAGCACGUAGGAAUUACCAGGCAUGAUUCCAGAGUAACUCCAAACCAAUUGUUUCAUUGACAAUACAUACAUUGCAUUAUUUAGUAUACAUUCAUAGCAGUUACAUAGUACUUACCACUGCUAAUUUUGUUUUCCAAGGCAUAAAGCAAGCGCAAAGACUAAAAAGUGAGCAUAUGAGUGGUAAGUAGAACAUAGAAGCUAACUGUACUGGCAACCAGGUAAUUACAUAGGCUGUUCCACUGACAGCGACUCUGAUAUUAGGCCUAUGUAAUAGUGUGUUCAAAACAAUCAUCCUCCAGUUAGGCAGCAAUGAAUACAUGAAUUGCAUGGUGCGUGACAUUUGAGUGAUUUCCCAUUGAAGUUGCUUGUUCAAUCUCUGUUUCUAACCCGGCUGAGCAGAAACAUCUUAUAAACAGCUUAUAAAUGCUGAGUGGUUGUCGAAAAAAUGCCACUUCAUAAUUUGGAUUGUGGGGAAAACACGACCCUUUCCAUACAGUUUGAAUUACUGUCAUUAAACAACUCCACGCCUUUUCUCUGGCCACAAACGCGGUUAAGAGCUCACUUUGGGUUGGAAAAUUGAAACACUGAGACACACAGCUCGGCCGCUCGUUACCCGCAAAGUUCCAAAUGAGAACCUGACCUGCUCCAGGCUUGACCUCCCUUGUGUCUUCCACUUCUGUCUCCAGGCAAAGGAAGUCCAACUCUUUCGGUAUGCAGUCGGGAAGGGAGUGAUGCUAGCUAGAGAGGGGUGAGGAAGAGAUACCCCCUGACGAGGACCUUCCCCCAGAGGUCGAGGCCAAGUGAUCACUACAACCCCCCCCCCCCCCCCUCCCCAUGGGCCCUU